UCCGUAUCGGAGUCAGAGUCACAUGAUGCAGCACAACAAUAAUAAAGAAGUCUGGGUGAAGAUUUGAGAAGUUAAUUCACGGCUUCGCGUGCUAAAAAUAUGAGAUUUUUAGCCGUUGUUGUGUUUUUUCUUUCUUGCUGUUACACAGCAGGGGAAAACAAGCCAAUUCAAACAUUUGUAAUUCCUCACAGUCACAUGGAUGUUGGCUGGGUGUACACUAUUCAGGAGAGUAUGCACGCCUAUGCAGCCAAUGUGUACACCAGUGUGACCGAGGAGCUGUCAAAGGGCGAAGGUCGGAGGUUCAUUGCUGUGGAGCAGGAGUUCUUUCGACUGUGGUGGGAUACUGUGGCCACAGACUCUCAUAAGAAACAAGUACGACAGCUUGUAAAGGAGGGUCGAUUUGAGUUCAUCAUCGGGGGCCAAGUGAUGCACGACGAGGCUGUAACUGACAUAGACGAUGAGAUACUACAAAUGACAGAGGGACAUGGUUUCCUUUAUGAGACGUUCGGGGUGCGCCCUCAGUUUUCCUGGCACGUGGAUCCAUUUGGAGCCUCUGCGACCACGCCGGUGCUCUUCGCCCUGGCUGGGUUCAACGCCCACCUCAUCUCCCGCGUUGACUAUGACCUCAAAGACACUAUGCAGAAGAACAAGAAACUACAGUUUGUAUGGAGAGGUUCUCCGUCUCUUAAAGAGAAGCAGCAGAUCUUCACUCACACUAUGGACCAGUUUAGCUAUUGCACCCCAUCCAACCUGCCAUUCUCCAACAGCUCUGGUUUCUACUGGAAUGGAGUCGCCUUGUUCCCCGAUCCACCUAAAAAUGGAGUUUACCCCAACAUGAGCCUACCUGUCACCAAGGAGACAGUACAGGCCUACGCCAAGACUAUGGUGGAGAACAUCAAGCAGAGGGCUGCGUGGUUUAAGACGAACCAUGUGCUCUGGCCAUGGGGCUGUGACAAACAGUUCUACAACUCAUCUGUCCAGUUCAACAACAUGGAUCCUCUAAUGAAGUACAUCAACCAGAACAGCAAAGAGUUUGGGGUGACAGUGCAGUAUGCCACUCUUAGUGAAUACUUCCAGGCCAUCUACCAAUCAAAUCUUGUCUGGGAGCUCCGCGGGAGUGAAGAUUUUCUCCCAUAUUCCACUGAGCCGCACCAGGCCUGGACGGGGUUUUACGCCUCCAGGAAUGUUCUGAAAGGAGUGGCGCGACAGGCCAGCUCGCAGCUGCAUGCGGCGGAGACUCUUUUCACCCGAUACCGGAUCAGCUUCCCUGACGGACCUGUAGCUAAAGACUGGGCCCUGGAUAAACUGAGGGCGCUUCGCUGGGCUGUGUCAGAGGUCCAGCACCAUGAUGGCAUCACUGGCACCGAGUCUCCCAAGGUGGCAGACAUGUACGUGCGGCAUCUCGUGCAGGGCAUGAUGGGAGUGGACGAGCUUCUGGCUGCGCUCUACCUGCUGCCCCACAGCCUCGACAUACCCAGCAUCCUCGGCAGCCGCAACCACCGAAAAGGUGUUCAUCAGUCUUUGGAGCAACAUGUCAUCGUUUACAACCCGUUAGCUUGGAACACCACCACCAUCAUCAACGUCACUGUAACCUUCGCCACUGCGGGCGUCUUCGAUGACGAUGGACAACCUGUGCCUGCGCAGAUCCAGAGGUCGGCACAGUCCAACGUGACCUACGAUCUUUUCAUCGUGGUGAAGCUGGGAGGCCUUCAGCACAGGAAAUACCUGAUUAAGUUUUCUGAGAAGCCAUGCUCAAGGAGGUGCAAGUAUGACUGGACUUACCAAGCCAAAGGGGUUCAGUUUGAGAGACUCAACAUCCGGGACUGGCUGAAAACAGGGAGGAGGCUCCUGCCUGUUCUGAAUGAAUGUUACAAGCUGAUGUUUGACCAGGAUACAAAUCUGCUGCACAGCAUCACUUAUCUUCAGGAAGGAAGGAGAGUGGAGAUGACUCAGGAUUUCUGGGAAUACCACGCGAAUGAAGACUUCAAUGCAGGGCCCAUCUCUGACAACUACAUCUUCAGCGCUAACGGUGCAGCUGUGCGGGCCUACAAGGCCGUGGACAUGGAGAUUAUCCCCGGGAAGAUAGUGACUGAGAUCAGGCAGCACUUCUACAGAGAGGAAACCGAUAAAGACUACACUUACUCCAUCACCACCCGAGUCCCAGAAUGCUUUGGGAGCAGGGUGCCGUGUCACCGGCUGGAGCAGAUUUACCGGCUGGGCCCCCUCCAUCUCAACACAGAGGUGGUCCUCAGAACCAGCUCCUCUCUGAAGAACAACAGGACCCUGUACACGGAUGACAAUGGAUAUCAGAUGAUGAAGAGGACGUACAGGAAGUUCCCGGAUAACACUUUAGCAAGAAACUACUUCCCCAUGGUCCGGGCAGCCUACAUUGAGGAUGAGCUCAGCAGACUGGUGCUGGUCAGCGACAGAGCUCACGGUGUGUCCAGCCAAGCCAACGGACAACUAGAGGUCAUGCUCCAUCGCCGUCUUUGGAACAACCUUGCCUGGAACCUCGGCUACAACCUGACCCUCAACGACAGCUCUGUGGCGAGGCCCACCCUGUGGAUGAUGCUGGGCUCCAUCAGUGCCACCUCCAAGCUCUACCAGAGGGAGGCAAUAGAGCUGCAGCACAGACCUGUCAUCAUGCCCAUAGACCAACCUCAGAGGCCUUGGAAGGAGAAGAAACCCAGAAGAAGUUCUCCCGUGCGUUCGGUGGUGCUGCCGCCCAACCUCCACCUGCUCAGCCUCAGUAUCCCUGGAUGGAACUACAGCUCUGAUCAUAUGUUACACCUCCGCCGCGUAAACUCAGGUAAGGACUUGCACUCGGAGCCAGACUACGAUCGGGUCCUGUUGAGAAUCAUGCACCUCUUUGAAGACGGAGAAGACCCCGAGCUUUCAAAGCCGGUCACCGUGAACCUGAAGGAAGUUCUGCGGGGCAUAGGGGAAGUGAAAGUGCUGGAGGAGCGUUCUCUCACAGGAACCUGGAAUAUCACCACGCUGCAGAGGUGGAAUUGGAAGACUGCAGAAAACUUGGAAACAAGCAACAAUAGGGCACGGAGCGGCGGAGAUGAAGCUUUCACUGUCACCAUCUCGCCCAAAGAGAUCAGGACCUUCUUCAUUCACUUUGCCACCGGGAACUUUUAGGCUGAAGUGUCUUCUGUGAAGACAAAAACAUGUGUUAGACAUAAUAUGAUGAUGCUUUUAAGUGUGUGUGUGUGUGUGUGUGUGUGUGUGUGUGUGUGUGUGUGUGUGUGUGUGUGUGUGUGUGUGUGUGUGUGUGUGUGUGUGUGUUGAUUCUUUUUGUCACGUGUGUUCAAAUGCACCCUUGUGAAGCUUGUCUGAUGUUGGGAGUCCACAGAAUUAACUGUACAAUGUUCACGGUAAUGUUUUCUACUGAAUAAAUAAUCCCUAUUAAAACUGUUUACUGUGCA